AAUGACGGAGCCCUUUCUUCCGCUUAAAACCACGUGUUCCGGUUAAUUUGUCAACAUGGGGAAAACGAAGAAAAAUAAACUGUCUAAAAUGAAGAUUGGGGUGACGGAUUUAGGUUUGGUUGAACAAAUGCUAGAAGAUAAAAGUGUGAGGAGGGAAGCGCGAAUAAAAAUUAGAAAACCCACAGAAGAAGAAGACGACACGGUUAUUGAUGACAAACUAUCAAGAAAGAUUUUAACACAAGCAAGAAAACAACAAGAAGAAUUAGAAGAAGAACAUGGAUUUAAAAAACCAAAAGAUGUUAGACCUAAAGUGGUAUCCCUUGGCAGUAGUAAAGAUGGAGAUGAAGAUUCAGGUGAUGACUCUGACAAUAUACCUUCAGAUGAUGAUGACUAUUGUGAACAAGUUAACGUCAAUCCAGAAGACGAAAAGGCUUUAGAAAUGUUUAUGUCACAAAAUCCCCCUGUAAAAAGAACACUAGCUGAUAUAAUCAUGGAAAAACUCACAGAAAAACAAACAGAAAUACGCUCACAAUUAUCAGAGGGAUCUGAAUUACAUGUAGAAAAAAUAGACAACCGAAUAACCCGAAUGUACAAAUCAAUACGACAAAUAUUAGCCAGAUAUCGCAGUGGUAAAUUACCUAAAGCUUUCAAAGUUAUACCCAACCUCAGAAACUGGGAACAGAUCAUACAAAUAACAGAACCUGAGGAAUGGUCAGCAGCUGCCAUGUAUCAAGCUACCAGAAUAUUCACAGCAAAUCUCAACUCAAAAUUAGCACAGAGAUAUUUUAAUUUAAUUUUGUUACCAAGGAUACGGGAUGAUAUCAAUGAAUAUAAACGAUUAAAUUUUCAUCUUUAUUUGGCCAUCAGAAAAUCUUUAUUCAAACCUGCAGCUUUCUUCAAAGGCAUCUUAUUACCACUCUGUGAGGCUGGAGAUUGUACGUUACGAGAAGCCAUCAUUAUGUCAUCUAUAUUGGCUAAAUGUUCGAUACCCAUGCUGCAUUCAGCGGCAGCCAUUUUGAAAAUAGCAGAAAUGAACUAUAACGGAGCUAACAGUAUAUUUUUAAGAACAUUAUUUGAUAAAAAAUACGCUCUACCAUAUCGAGUCAUUGAUGCUGUUGUACAUCAUUAUAUUGGAUUUCGUCGAGACAAGCGUGAUUUACCUGUUCUGUGGCAUCAGUCAUUGUUAACGUUCGUACAGAGAUAUAAAGAAGACAUUUCAACGGAACAGAAGGAAGCCAUGAUGGAAUUAUUACGCUUACAUACACAUCAUAAAAUAACGGACGAAAUACGACGAGAAUUACUCCUGUCAAAAUGUCGCGAUGUUGAGGACGGAUCUUCUACUGUGAUGCACACGAACUAACUGUAAAUUGUGAAUAAAUUAUAGAAAACUG